GGUGUCCAUGUCGCAGAGCCGCGUCAGGCCCGCGAUGACUUCGGUAUCCUAGCAACAUCCACUAAUUGUCCUUGCAAUGGCGGCACAUCGAGACAUGGACUGCGGGCAGCAAGCCCACAGCAUGGGCGAGGUUGCGCCUGUCUUCAGCAACGGCGACGUCAUUUCCACUUCAUCGCUUGACUCUGAUCAAAGCCCCGAGAUAGUUGGCUGGGGGCCACAUGACGACGUGGACCGCAAUCCAGGUUAUAUCGGCCAAUCGAGCGAACAGCUUCACGGAGAGGAGGAGGGCUCCGACGACAGCGACUGCUCAAUGAGCAAACGGAUAAAAGACCGUCCAAGCGACCGAUCAGACGAUGCAACGCCGAGGUUUGCGUGCCCCUUCUACAGAUCGGACCCGGACGCGCACAAGGACUGUGGCAACUUCAACCUGAGCCGGAUCCGCGACCUGAAGCAGCACCUCCAGCGGCGGCACUACACGCCGCCCUGCCAGUGCCCCAUCUGCUUCAAGAAGUUCUCGUCUGACCAGCAGCGAGACGAUCACAUCCGUUCUCAGCUCUGCCAGCUCCAGAAGCCCACGGCAGCCGAAAAGAAGCCCAAAGUCGUGUCGGAAAAGGCGCAGGCGCUCUUGAGGCGAAAGGUGGACAGAACCCUCUCGCCCGAAGACCAGUGGUAUGCCGUCUAUCACAUUAUAUUUGGUGAGGACGCCCCCAGGCCGGCGAGGCCGUUUCUCGGGGACGUGGUGGAGGAGACGAUGGGCAUGCUGCGUGACUUUUUUACGGCCCAGGGCUCUGAAAUCAUCCCUCGCUUCCUUGAGGCAAGAUCGCGGCACGCCGCAGUCGAGGACCCUCUUAAAUUGGACAGCCUCCUGGUGGAGCUGUUCAACGAAGUAACGGACCAGUUUGACCGCAAGAUCCGGUGCAAGGGGGGCGCGGACGGUCCAAACCCGACUUCAGCCCAGCCCGAGCCUCCUCCCUGCUCAGCAGCGAAGCCCCCCAUCCCAAACAUAACAUCAGCAACUCCCAGAUUCUCCCUCAAGGCGCGCUCACAAAUAUGGGGCAAGACCUCGUCUGUGUCUUCCAGCAGCAGCGACGCGUCCUGCUCGGCGCUUGAUGCAAGCCGACUAAGGUUCCACACGCCGCUAGCGGCUCCGGAUUCAGGGGUAGAGGAUAAUAGGUUCCAGCUCCAGUGGCAAAUGCUGGGUCAGAACCAAGGCCUGGGAAUAGACAUGAUCAGCGACCUCUCAGACCCGAACGCUGUGCAAAACCAUAUUUUUCAUCUGCAAAUACAGCUGAGCCAGUACAGAGAGAAAGCGGCGCAGCUGCACCAACAGCUGCUGGUCCAGAAGACGGAGCUGCCCGACGCGCAACCGCUGCCGUUCGGCUUUCCCGACCAGUUUUCCGACAGCCCGCAGUGGCCUUUGACGUACGAGCCCCCUAUGCAGUCAGCCGGCUACCAGACACAAACCAUGGAUCAGAUGGGGAACCUGAACUGGCACCCUUGGGUCACUGAGAACUUUGAGGGGGCAGACGACUGGGAAAAUCAUGAAGUGUGA